AUGGCCGAGGAAGCAGGGUCAACAGGAGUCACUAGUUUACUGGAAUGUGUAGGAGAGGAGAGGAGAGGAGUCAAUAAAGGAGCAGCAGAGGUGCCAGGAGAGGUGCCAGCAGAGGUGCCAGUAGAGGAGCGAGCACGGGCUGCUGGAGUGCUGCUGGCUGAUCCUGGCGCUGCUGGAGUGCUGCUGGCUGAUCCUGGCGCUGCUGGAGUGCUGCUGGCUGAUCCUGGCGCUGCUGGAGCGCGGUGGGAUGACGCACGGCUGCCUCCUACCCGCCCUGCUGACCACCCGCUCGUGAAGACGUUGAACGACGCUAAUGGAGACACUUGUGGAGUUGGUUCCUGA